AUGCGUAAACAUAACCUUCUCUUAUCUACUCCUUCUUUGCUGUGUACCACCAUGAUAGAAGUGAAUGCCAAUGACAGAUUAGGUAAGAAAAUCCGAGUCAAAUGUCUUGAAGAGGAUACCAUUGGGGAUUUGAAAAAGAUGAUCGCCCUUCAGAUUGGUACACCUGCCGAGAAAUUAGUUUUGAAAAAGGGUAAUCAAAUCUAUAAGGAUCAUAUUUCACUUGAUGAUUACGAGGUACACGAUGGAUUUAACUUUGAGCUUUAUUACUCGUAA